AUGCGGGGCUCCAUCUGGCUCAUGACGUUCGGGCUCGCCUGCUGCGCCGUGGAGAUGAUGCACGCCGGCGCCUCCCGCUACGACUUCGACCGCUUCGGCGUCAUCUUCCGCCCCUCGCCGCGCCAGUCCGACUGCAUGAUCGUCGCCGGCACGCUCACCAACAAGAUGGCGCCCGCGCUCCGCAAGGUCUACGACCAGAUGCCGGAGCCUCGCUGGGUAAACUCCAUGGGCAGCUGCACCGGUGGCGGCGGAUACUACCACUACUCGUACUCCGUCGUGCGGGGCUGCGACCGGAUUGUCCCGGUUGACAUCUGCGUAACUGGAUCCCCGCCAACCGCUGAGGCUCUGCUGUACGGUGUUCUUCAGCUGCAGAAGAAGAUCAACAGGCGCAAGGAUUUCCUUCACUGGUGGACUAAGUAA